UGGAGAGAUUCCGCAUUACGUCAUUGAAACAGACCUCGCUGUAGCAGGCAAGGCGAGAGCCAAACUGAAUUCGGAUGCAGUUCGUACUUACAGCUGCUAUAUGUUGGAAACGCUGUAGUUUGAUAUCAAUAACAUGUAUUGUUAUUGUGCAGGCAGACAAGGGGGACACCAUAGUUUCAGCUGCAAACGCUUUCCGCGAUGAUGCCGUGGAAGCCUGAAUGAUUGAGGAUCAUAGCAGCAGGACUAUGGCAGACAGAAGACAACUGUUUGCCGAGAUGCGUGCUCUAGAGUUGGAUUCCAUCAGGUUGUCCACCUACAGAACGGCAUGCAAGCUCAGAUUUGUUCAGAAGAAGUGUAAUUUGUACUUGGUGGAUAUCUGGAAUUUAAUUGAAGCAUUCAGAGAGAAUGGCCUUAACACCAUGGACCUCAACACUGAGUUUUCAGUGGCCCGACUUGAAGCAAUACUGUCUACCAUCUUUUACCAGCUGAACAAGCGCAUGCCCACCACACACCAGAUCAAUGUGGAGCAGUCCAUCUUGGUACUCCUCAACUUCUUGUUGGCUGCUUAUGAUCCGGAGGGACAAGGCAAGAUUUCAGCCUUUGUGGUGAAGAUGGCCCUUGGAACGUUAUGUGGGGGAAAGAUUUCGGACAAAUUAAGAUAUAUUUUUUCUCAGAUAGCAGACCCCAAAGGAAUAAUGAUUUAUUCACAAUUUGACCAGUUCCUAAAGGAGGUGCUUAAGCUGCCUGUCACAGUUUUUGAAGGUCCAUCUUUUGGCUACACUGAGCAGACCACCAGAACAUGCUUUCCACAACAGAAACAGAUUUCCUUGAACAUGUUCCUGGAUGCCUUUAUGUCUGAUCCUCCUGCACAGUGUCUCGUCUGGUUGCCUCUUAUGCAUCGGCUUGCUAAUGUGGAGAAUGUCUUCCACCCAGUGGAGUGCUCCUACUGCCACAGCCAGAGCAUGAUGGGAUUUCGUUACCGCUGCCAACAAUGUCAUAAUUACCAGCUCUGUCAGGAGUGCUUCUGGAAGGGCCAUGCCUCUGGCUCCCAUAGCAACCAACACCAGAUGAAGGAAUACACAUCGUGGAAAUCUCCUGCAAAGAAGUUGUCAAAUGCCCUGAGUAAGUCUCUGAGCUGUGCUUCCAACCGAGAGACGCUACGUCCCAUAUACCCUGAUGCUCCUGAAAAACCCCUAAACCUUGCUCAUGUUGUGGACACUUGGCCUCCAAGACCAGUGAACAGUGGGAAUGAGUACAUGUUGUGUCACUCCAUGCCUUCAACCAGCAACCCUUACUCUAGCAGAGUAGGUGCAAAUGAUGAUGUCAAACAGAGAAAACUCCUGGCUAGAGCUGCCCCAGACCUUUUGAAAGGGAAAGGCUUGCUGGAAAGUAGUGAUAGUAACCAGGAUGAUGAGCACUGUCUCAUCGCCCGCUAUGCUUCCCGGUUGGCUGCUGAUGGAACAUCAGUGCAACCCAGAGCCCCAGGUGACAUCUCUGUGUCCCUGGACACGAACAAACAACAGAGGCAGCUCAUAGCUGAGCUGGAAAGCAAGAACAAGGAGAUAUUGCAGGAGAUUCAGCGCUUGAAGCAGCAGCAUGAUGAAGCAUCUCAGCCACCAGCUGAUAAAGGCCAGCAAAACCCUACACUGCUCGCAGAGCUCAGACAGCUUAGACAGAGGAAAGAGGAGUUAGAACAGAGGAUGUCUGCACUUCAGGAGAGUCGAAGAGAACUAAUGGUGCAGCUGGAGCAGCUCAUGCUACUGUUAAAGACUCAAGGCCCUGCACCCUCCCCUCGCUCUUCCCCAAGUCACACACUGAGCAGCUCAAUUCCAAUGCCUGUCCAGUCAACAUCUGGUAACACUACGCCCAGUCAAACACCUCAGGAUUCACUCAUGGGCCUAGGAGGAGACGUGCAGCAGGCCUUUGCUCAGAGCUCCAGACGCAACUUAAGAAAUGACCUGCUCGUGGCUGCAGACUCCAUAACCAGCACAAUGUCCUCACUAGUUAAAGAGCUCCACUCAGAGGCGGGCAGCGAGAGUGACAGUAAUGUUGAUACAGAAGCUGAACGCUCACAAUUUGAUGACUUCACAUCUGCCGCUGCAGAAAGUCUGUCUGCACAACUCAACCACUCCAAAGCACGCACAUACUUUUACUUUUGGUCAAGCAGGAUGAUGAGAGAAGAAGGCUACAAGAACACAUUAGAGCAGCGGCUGGAGAGGGAGUUGAAAAUGGAAGAGCAAACAGCGGCAGGGGAAAGUCUACAUGGUGAUUUUGCGACAGUAGCUCUGUUUUAAUGGUAAUGGCAGGAGAGGAUAAGGCAGUAAUGAAGCACUGCCCAGCAUCUACACCAGGCUCACAGAGCACAUGUCUACUGAAUCAAACAAGCACUAACACCAGUACUGUAAAUAUACAAGUAUCUUUGUGGAACCUACAAAAUGAUUUAAGAAAAUAAAUACUGUGAACUCACUCAGAGGUUGUGAACAGUAACACCACUAGUGCCAUAAAACCAAGUACCAGGAGGUUAUUUUAUGUACGUUUUGUGAACAUGUGAGCUUUUUUUUUUUUUUUUUGUAUUUUUAAGAAGUGGUGGGCAAAUCAGGCUUAACAAAGCUGCUAUGUUUAAAAAUACCCUACAUGUCGAUCCUCACACUGAAAAUCCAGGCUGUGUUUGCCUGCCAAAUUUGUUUCUCAGUAUUACCUAAUAAACUAAGUUAGGAAUGAUAAGUAGUUUGGUUUUCACUUCAAGCGUAAUGCCUUGAGAUUUUAAGGUAGUGUUUCCUAUAUACAUCGCAAAUGACUAUGCUGCCUUAGCUGAUCAGUUUGUCUGUCAAAAAAAAUUAAUUGAUUUUAGAGUUUAAAAUCAUGUCUCAAAUUAUAUUGCGAUAAAAUACUUUGAAACAUUUGUGAUUUGCCGUGUCAUUUUACUGGAAGGCUUAUAUUUGCGUGUAGUCAUUUUACUCAAUGAAUUUUAAGUGGUAGUGGAAAUCAGUAAUGUCCAAUUUGUUGAAGUUCUUUUAUACUGAAUUCAAUACAUGGAACAGAAGUUUUAAAAGAUUCAGAGAGCUGCCCAAAGAAAGCAAAUAUUUGAGAAAAUAAGGCAUGGAAAUUAUAUGAAACCAGAUGCUUCUAAAAAUGGCGCAAGUUAUAACAGUACCAGAGUGCUUAGUGAUAGAAGUCAGAGACUACCCUUCAUAUAAUUAGUUGGCCAUAAAAACAAGCUGUUAAAUUUUAGGAGCUAUUUUGAGGAGAUUAGAUAUGAGAGAAUCCUCUUGCAUAAGUAAAGUCAAAGGAAAAUGGGUGAAAAAAACAAAAAAACAGGAGUUUCCAGAACUUCAAAUAUAUUUUAUAUAAGACAUGGUAGACCACAAAAACUGCUGCUGUCAGAUAAACUCCUUAAAGCUUUCAUGUUUGAGGGAUAGGAGAAAAUAAAUCGCUUUUCCUUCAGACGUGUAAAUAUCCACAGGUGUCCAUCCUUCAACAGUGAAAAGACAAAUCAGGACUAUGGGUCUGAAAGAAUGUGCACCCAUCAAGAAGGCAUUACUCUGAAAAAGAAACUAAACAAAAAAGAAAAUUUGCAGAUCAAACAGUGAAGCUGCUGGUAUUCUCAAAACAGUUGACUGGCUACAUUAUUGAAAGUGUUUGGGAUUAUGUGAAUCAUGGGAAGCAGAAAAUGUAACAAACAUCUAUGAUUUAACUUUGGAGGUGAAGAACAAUAUCCUUGCAGAUUUCUGAAAGAAAUGGAAGAUAUAAUGAAGGCAAAGAUAUUUGAUAAUAUACUACUGUGUAAUUAUCUGUUAAAUAUGUUUUCUGCUUUUUUGAUGCUGUUAAUAUUUUGUACAUGGUGGCCAUUUUGCCUGGAAAUUAAAUGAAGGGAAGGACUUUUGCAAAGUACUGUAUAUAAAUUCUAUACAUUCUUUCCUGAUAGUAGUGAUGUCUUUUAGUUUGCUGAACAUGACAACAAUGGAAAACAUAUGCCAAUAUUCUUUCAGCCACCAGAUCAAACCAGUCAUUGUUCUGACGACAAUAUGGAAGAUUCUUUGGAGAAUCAAGUAAUUGCAAGGGUACAGUAAUGGAUUACAUCACCUUUUAUUUAUUUAUUUAUUUUACUUUUCAUAUACUUUGUCUAACUUACUCAAAGAUUUCUAUUUCUUUUGCGGUUACUGUAAGUUAAAUAUGUAACUCAUACUGAAGGUAGGUACUAAGUGAGUUUGUUGUUGCUCAUUUUUCCACAAUUCUGCUCAGGGGAGACAUUAAUUCAGCAAAAUGUUGAGACAGUAAUCAAUACAAUGAAAAUUACAUUUGCACCUAAUAGAAGUAUAAAAGUGGCAGACUUUUUAAAUCACUUCAAAUGAUACUGACUCUCUUUAGAUUCGCCCUCCUUUCAACCACAGCAAUUGUUAAAUAUCUUAUUCCCGUCCCUGGUAAACCAGUGUAACACCCACAUCCACAUUGAGAAAUACUGUACAUUUAGCACUUUGAACUGGUUUGUUCCAUUUUGAAUGGCACAAAAAUAAAGAGAUUACAUUGCA